AUGUGGCCACUUGGAGGGAAAUUUGUUGGUGAUGGAGGAUUCUGCCAGUAUUACCAUCUUACCAAACCGACCCCCCAUCAGGCCCCUCUCUUUGAGCGUAUUGGCGUGGCCAUGUACUGCUGUGAGGAAUCAGUCAAGCUACGCUACUUGUGCGCGGAGAUCCUCGAGGCAGUCUAUCAGCACGACGACAAGUUGCUUGUUUAUGUCAACUGGCCACAGACCCACCGGCUGACAGAGUGCUUUCUGAAUAAUCUCGGCAUCCGCAACUACUCACUCACCACCGGUCUAAAGACCGGUGAAAAGGACGGCAUGAAUCGGGAAUUUAACGACAAACCAAGUGCAAUUUGCCCCCCCAGCGGUCUGAAAGACACCCCAAGUUAG